GGAGUGACAGUUGGAGUUUGUUAGUGCCAUUGGAGUUGACUCGCUUUCUCGCGAGGGCCGCGGAACUAACACCUCUACACCACACACCUCUCCUGGGGUCACGUGAGCAUACAGCACACCUUUCUGAGGAUUCUUUCUUCGCUUCACAAACACUAUCUCUCCCCUCUCAACCCCGCGCGCACUCCUCACCUUGAUUUUAUUAAGCACCCCACUAGACUCAAGCGUCUGCACGAGGAGAUCCCUCAGCUCCGUGUCUUCCUCCGUCGCUGUCGCCAUCUUGUUUCUCCCUUGACAACCGCCUAAACUGAACUAGCAACGAACCAAGCCCCGCAGAUUCGUUGCUCGAGGACAAGGAAGGGCUCUUCCUGGGAAAGAGGAGGAGCGCGUGAACGAUCGACAUCACUGCCGUUAGCCACCAUUUGAAGAAGACAAUUAAGUAUCCGUUGAGCUUCUUGGCAAUUCAGAGACUUUCUGCAUGAAAGAAAAAAUCCAAGACAUUAUAAAUUAAAAUGAAUCCCAUGACUUCAUGUUGUUUGAUUGUCGGGUGCUUUUGGCUUGCUAUCUUCUGUGGGUCUUCUACAUGUAUGUUGGCUUAUAAUGAUGAUCAUCCUCAUAAGUGGGAAAUGUUAUACCUAGUUCAUCAGUGGCCAGUGACUGUAUGUAAGAUGAAUGAUCAUGAUUGCAAAGACCCAAUAUUGUACUGGACGAUCCAUGGACUCUGGCCUGAUAAAGCAGAAGACUGUAAUAGCACUUGGCACUUCGACAUGUCUGAGAUUAAGGAUCUCAUGGAUGACAUGAACAAAUAUUGGCCAGAUGUGAUUCAUCCAAAUCACACCCGAUUCUGGAAACAUGAGUGGGACAAACAUGGGACUUGUGCAGCUUCGUUGGAAUCCCUUAAUUCUCAAAAAAAGUACUUUGGUAAAGCACUGGACGUCUAUAAAAAAAUUGAUCUUAACAGUUAUCUCUUGAAAAUUGGGAUAAAGCCGGGCAAUUCCAGCUUACAGCUGGCAGCCAUCAGAGAUGCUCUUACAAGCAUUUACAAUGUGACACCAAAGAUUCAGUGUCUUGCUCCAGAAGAGGGCCAACUACAAACACUUGCCCAGAUUAAAUUCUGUCUCACCAAGGAGUUUACUCUGAGAAAUUGUACAGAGCCAAAGUCCGAUUCCCCUCCUGCUCACGAGGAUCACUUCUUCAAAAUGGAGAAUUUGUUGAACUGCAAUGAUACUCUGGUAUAUUACCCUUCACAUGUGCAUCUUUACAAAUAAAGCAGGGAGAAAGUGAAAGUACUUUGUUACAAAUGCCAUUGACAUUUAACAGAGCAUAUGACAUUGUUUAGAGAGAGGUUAAUCUUUUUUACCCCAUAAGGAAAGGAUAUUGUGAGACUUCGUUCAUUUUUUUUAAGUCCUGCUUGCUUUGGAACAUGUGCACAUGAUCAUAUUGGUACCCCAGCUAUAUAAACAAAGAAGAUUCAUUUCUGUGGAAUAACUAUUCUCUUUUCAUUUGUGCUACUAAUAUGUCAUUUCUAUGUUUUAAAAGGGAGCUACACAAAGUCUAGAUUUUCUGGUUUAAAUUGAGCAGUUCUAACUACUUUUACUUGCAAGUGAUUUCAGUAAAGCUAACUUCUCAGAUAGUAGGUAAUUGCCUCAGGAUUUUAUGGAGUAACUUUCUUUAUGUUUCAGAAAGGAUAUGAAACAUUCCACUCCACCUUCAAAUUAAGCACUUCUGCAGUUUGAAUAUUGUUGGCAAUAAUAAAGGUGCAAUACUCAUUGCUUCCUUCAGAGCAAGUAAUUUGAAGAUCGCAUCUUUGGAGAUGACUAACUGAUCUGUGUGAAUGGUCACUAAAUGUGCAUAAUUGACAGUUAGAAGAAUAGCAAAGUGCUUCCACUGUGGCAAAGACAGUAACUUACAGCUUAUUUUACUGCAAAGUAAAGUCAUUGGCAUCAGCAGGGUUGCUCUGCAAUAAGUGAGUUGCAGCCUGAAAUCAAUAUUCAAACAUGAUCAGUACUUCUUAUAGUAAUAUUGACAUUGGCCUGUGAAAGAUGAUCAUCUCACAUACACUGGGAUUGAAUCCAUUUGUGUUCUUUUCUGGGACACUUGUUCUCAGGAUGUUCCGUGUGUUGCUUUUCUUCUUGUGGGUGAGAAAUCUCUCUGGUAUGUUUUUAAGAUCAAGACCUGGAUGUUCAAUAUUAGUACAAACAUAAAUGUUCCUGUAACUGAAUGUAUUUUUAGUUUUGCUAUCCUAAUCUCAGUAUUCUUUGUCUCCUAAAAAUGUUGUAGAAGCAGUCUGUAAUAUUACAGCACACAGACAACCACUGUUCCCCAGUUCUCAGCCACUAUUGUGAACUUGGUAGCCUAUAUACUGUAGGCUUACCAAUGUGUCAGCAGAACUAAUGCACCACCCAGCCCUGCUGCCGUAAUUUGUGUUAGAAAUGCUUUUUUAAAAAUCUAAUUCUGUAUUGCUAGUGUAAAUUGCAAACAAUGCAAUUGUUUUUUCUUUUCCUGUGUUAGUAUAACCUUCAUUUUUGAGAGCUGGGUUCCAUAAGAGGUUUUUUUAGUUCAUCUGUGUAACUUAAUUUUUAUCACUGAAAAGAGUUUGACAAGAUUCAAGAUCCAUUUGUCUGUCUCAUUGACAGAACUCGGCACUUUCACAUGCAUGGGUGAAGUGUGUAGCUGUGGCUUUGAGCCAUGGGGUGAGCUGUUACAGACAGAGAAUGUAGUUUCAAGUAAUCAUCUUCUUGGGCAUUCACAUGUCACUUCUUUGGAAAAUCUACUAGUAGGAGGCAAUUAUGUAUGUGAUCUUGCCAACUCUGUAAGCCAUUAAUAAGUUCCUUAAAUGAGACCCUUCACAAAAACAUGGAUUCUUUGUCUAUAGACCGUGGUUUUAUUGAUAAAAGUCAUCGAUCUACAAA